AUGACGGCGAGGAACAAUGACGGCCUGCAAACCUCGACAGUGAGUAGCCUCAGUCAGGUCCUGCAACCCCUUUCUCCACAGGUCACAGGCACAGGCGCGGGGGCGGUUGUCGUGGCUGCAGUGCUGGCCAACCUCCUGGAGAGUGUGCUAGGGGCCACCAUACAAUCCAAAACGGGCUGGCUCACAAAUGAUGUCAUGAAUGUCAUCCAGAUAUCCUGCGCAGCCACCGCAGCCAUGGCGUUUGCCUGCAGACUGGCGUGA